AUGAUUGAUGUUAACGCUCUUAUCACAUUGGUCUCCGCCUACCAUCUUGACCCUGCACUGCGCCGACGUGAUUUGGACAUAGCUCAACUCCUGGCGCGCAUACAAGUGUACACAAUGACACAGAGCGAGCGUGUAGUCGCAGCUCGAGGUGCAGCGAUAGCGGGGGCGGAGGGCCGACUCUCGCCUGACGAUGGAAAGCGCGCCGCACCCACCCAUGUGCCUGUGCCCGAAGUGGCUGCUCUUGUCCGCCUCUCCUUCCAUCCAAAUCAUCGACAGGCCAUCUGCGAUCUUGGAGGUCUGCAUGCUCUGCUAAGUCUUCUGCGAUGGGAACAUGCCUGGUGGCAGUUGCGGGGUGAUCGCGGUCACAUUAAUGCCCUUGCCGCACCCACCAACACCUCCCAGGUGCACUCCACUACGCCCCCUACGGGUGCAGGUCUGGGUGCUGCACCCUUAGACCAAUCAUCUUCCGCGACGGUGGCAGCGGUGGGGGAGCGUGGCGAAACGACUGCUGUGACAGGAGCUAUGUCGACGGCGGAAGCGAGUUUGGCUUUGCGUCGCUACAUCUGUGUGGCGCUCACGAAUCUCACCUUUGGUGCUCCCGCUAACAAGGCUUUUGUGUGCAAACGGCGUAGUCAUUUGGAGGCCCUUAUCGCUCAACUUGAGGUUGGCAGUGAGGAAUUGAAACAGGCAAGUCUCUCUCAGUUUAGGCUAAUUCUGAAUUGGCACACAGACGCGCGAAGCAAGGCGGCUCUGCGUCGGGCACAGGCGGCCACGCGACUCACUCGUGCUGUCCUCUCGGCACAGCGUGAGGCUACCCUUCGCACCACACUUAAUGCUCUGUGGAAUCUCUCCUCCCACUCCACUGCCAACCGUAAGGCUGUCUGCAGUUGCAUUUUAAAUUACCGUUUUCCGUUAAAUUUCAGUGUAAACGGUGCCCUUGCUUUCUUGGUAUCAACUCUUGAUGCUAAGAACCCCAACAAGGAUGUGGAAAUUAAGGCCAACAGUGGAGGCGUUUUGCGCAAUCUCUGUCCCGUGAUUGUCAAUAGUUUGGAAUAUCGGGCAGUGCUUCGGACGCAUAACUGCAUCUCAAUUCUUCUGGAACAGCUACGGACAUCACCGAGCGUUACAGUUGUGGUGAAUGUCUGUGAGGUUUUAGGAGCUCUCUCGGCGACACCCCUUCGUGAUGCAAAACCCAGUUCAGCUCUUCUUUUUGAGUCUGCCACUACGGACCAAGCUUUGAUGAUCCGUCUAGGUGCUCUUGAUAUUCUCCAUCGUUUGGCACACUCUCGUCAUCGCUACGUAGUCAGUAGCUCCAAACAGGCUCUUGAGAACCUUGAACGAGCCCAUGUUCUCAUAAAGAAUCAACGUGUGGUGCCCUACCCUGCCAAUACAGAGGCAUCCUCGUUCAAUCCUUCCACCACAACCACCAGUCCUGCCACAAGUAAUCAAUCGUCUUCUGGUUCUAAUUCUCCUGCCUCACCAGCAGAGCAGGUCUAUCGCCGACGGAUGAGUAAUCGAUCACACCUACGUUUUGGUCUGCUCUCCGUGGUUCUAGAGACUAACGACGACUUUGAGGAAGAAGAAGAGAGUAGCAAUGAAGAAUCCAGCAGUGAAGAGGAUGAAGAGGAGGGAGCUGACGAGGUUGACAGCGUUCCAGAGGAGGAACGAAGCACCGAAUGCUCUUCAAAAGUCUCAGAAGCUGGUGGAGAAGAGGAGGCGGAGUUUAAGUUACCUGAAUAUCCUUCCACUCCUGAUGAUCACCACGUAAACGCCUCGAUAGAGAAACCGCCUACUCCUCCUCCACCGCCUGGCUAUGCUCAAGGCUCAGUGGAAGAAGAGGAGCAAGCGUGUGUAUAUGCAGAGGAGGGGACACCCUUUGGACCCUCUGCACGAGCAUCCACACUCGAUCUACGCUCGCCCCCAAAACAAGAGCCCUCUAUUAUUUAUGACAAUUUUGUUCCCUCACAACGCCGCUCCGUCCACCCUUACGUCAACGUUGACGUGUCAACCAAAAGUACUGCAAUUAAACAGGUCCCUUCUAGUGAAGGUUCUUCGCCAGGUUUUGAAACGUCUUCUACUGGGGUCGUUCUAGAGACUCCUCUUAUGUUUUCCAGAGCUACUUCCUCAUGUAUCUCAUCUGUUGAUUUUGGACCGCUUCCACCGAUCGAGUCAUCUCCGGAGAGUGUUUAUUCAGUUGCUUUGGAUGACGACGAUGGGGAUCCCAAUGAGGCAAUUGCUCUUGGUACGAGUCCCAGUAAUCUCCCCCCUUCAUUAAUUGAAGAUGGGAAGAAAUCCAUGCCUCUAGGUAACGUGGAAAAGAUAGGUGUGGUGGAGGAGGAGACUCAAAUAAUGUUCGCGGAAGAAGGUUCUCCACUGGACAGCAGUUCCCUUAGUGGCGAUCGUGAGUCUGCAGUAACUGCGCCACCGAUGUGGAAUACUCCAGAGCCCACAGUAGAUAGUGUUCAGUCUUCACGCAACAUACUUCAGCAAUGCAUCGCUUCAGUGAUGCCAUCAGCUUCAUUAGCAACUCAGCCAGCAAUCAGUUAUCCUGAUGGCGAUGUAGGCGGUACAGUUGCUCCUACCGAAGACACGAUCCAGUCCUUCGCGGUAGAAGGCACACCAUUCGCCUUCUCAACGAAGAACAGUUCACUAAGUGACGUAUCGAUUACAGAUCUGGAGGGUGGUUGUGGAGGUACUUCUACCUCUUCAGAACUUUCGAAAUCGACCUCGCCAAGACAAUCAAUGUUGAAGGGCGACGUAUAUACAUGCUCCACGGAGGAUGCAAGCUCGGUAAAUGAGGUAGAAGAAGAGGACGGAUCUGUGAACCUCCUGUCCGAAGUAAUACAGUCGGCACUACCGAAACAAGGUGGAUUUGCGACGACGAGAGGGCAUACUGAGGCCGUUGGCGUAGACAGUGCUGAAGACGUUUCAGCAAUAGGGCACAAUAAGGCAAUAGGUGGGAGUAAGCUAGUUGCCCCAAGAAUCGGAUUUGGACACUCAAUGCAACAGAGGAGACCACAAGCUACUGUAGCCCCGAUGCAGCAACGGAAUGUUGAAGAGCGACAAACGGUGUCUGCUGAUGAAACUACAAAGUCGGAAGGCAAACAAACCAGUGGCAGUGAUGCUGACAACUCCUCCUUCUCUUCGCUCCUAAGUAUCGAGUCAGUCGGUGUUGAAACUAGUCUCCUUCAGGAGUGCAUCUCCUCUGCAAUGCCAACACCAAAGCUCCCAAUUUCAUCUUCCUGUCGUGGGAUUGGUGGAGCCAAAAUGGGAGAACAUACCCAACAGUCUUUCGGCUACUCGCUUCCAGCUCCGUCUGCUACUGCACCAAUCACAACACCAGUUUCACCGCAGUCUCAAUCACCUUCUCCACUCGCCGUGUCCGAAAUCACAACAAGUCCUAGACAACAGCAAGUUCUGCUUCAACCAAGGCGGCAACAAACAACUUCUCUUAGCGGCAAUAGUACGGGAGGGAGUGUCAGUGGACUCCGAAGGGCUGGACAUUUUUUAGCUCAUGGUUCCGGCACUGCAGACGCGCAUACCAGCAGGCCGGAGACCAUCCAGAUCCAAGCCAACAGCCCUUCAACCAACACCAGCAGUCACCUUGCCCAAAUGAGGAAGCGGACGAACCCGAAGACGGUUGUGGGAUCAGCAGCAGUGGCCCCAGCUCGCGACAACGCAGCAAUGCGAGCUCUAAAGGCUCCUCACUCAAUGUCUGGCAUCGCAUCACGAGACAGCGCUAAGACAUCUGCAGGCUCUACCACCAUCCCAGUCAAAACCAACAUACCCACUACUGUAUUGAAACCCUUUGAAGUGGACAAGAAGAGCACUGACGAUGAGUUUUUCCCACUGCCUCCACCCUCGGGUAACUUUGAUGCUGAUGAUGAUUCUGUGACUUUGGUGGGUGACAGUAGCCCACCUUGGAGACCAUCUCCACCCUCAACACCGCCUCCUCAUGAUGACAAGACAGUUGAAGAUCAGGACGACGAGUUGUUGGAUCUCGACGCAAUGAUGAAUCAAUCCGAUGACAAUCUGAAUCUGGGGGUAGAUUCUCAAAAACCACUUGAACUUUCACCACAAAAGGACCUGACCACUCCAUUAAGCAUCAAGCCUCCGACCGUGAUAGCACCCAGUAAAAGUCAGAUUGCCAGUCCUAGCUCGAGUCUCUUGCGGCCACCUAACGCAGGCAUUCGCAGACCUGCUAAUGGGCUGCUCUCCCGUUCAAGACCAUCCACAGCAUCAUCCUCAACCUCUUCUACAUCAUCCUCGACCUCUGUCUCGCCACAGCGUCUGUCAGGCUCUAGGGCUCAGUCAGCCACACCUUCUCCAUCCGCUAUUGGCGGUAGCUUGCCUCAGCUCCCAAAGUUCCGCUUGAAUAGCAGCGUCGUCUCUACCGCUUCCUCCACGUCUUUACCUCGACUUGGAACUCCAUCAACAGGGAAAACAUUGACUGAUGGGACGCGAUCAUUGGUGGCUAAACGCUCCAUUUCUGCCACGGGCAGUAUGACCUCUGGCCUUGCUACGCCUCCGCGUUACACAACUACACCUGCGCCAUCAGCAACAAUGACCUCGCGAAGCCUCGGAGCCAGUCCGUCUUGGAGCACUGGAAGUGGUGGAUCAGCACGCAUUGUACCACGGAGCGGUCUAAAACCGUUGGCUUCAUGCAAUAUUGCCACAACUGCAUCAAAAAAGCCAGACACGGCAGCUGCUCCGAAGAGGGUAAUUAGGGCGGGGUGUCGCAGUGAGGCAUUGGCGGAGGAAAGGCAACAACUGCGUCUACAGGAGGAAACAAAAGGGGUUCGUGGAGGACGCAAGAUUUCUGCCUCAACAGUUCGUAAAUCGAGGAUCGCUGGAACCUCAUCUGUUCAUCGCACUGUCCCAAUCAGGGCGAUCAGUCCUUCGCCGCGCCUGGCUCCAACGUCAGUCGUUCGGCACAAAUCUGGACUGACUACCGCCCGCCCACUUAGCCAGACUUCUAUGCCAACUCCGACUCCGACGCCGUCGGCAGCCGAACGAGUCGCGACGUCCGGUUUGAAACCGCCCGGUUUUUCCUCGUCUUCCCCGGGCGGCUCAGCCCUCCGUCCCCCGCAGACACGCGUUGUCAAACACUCAGUGCCACAUUCUGCGUCAAAAACGAUAGCAACGAAAACUUCCUCUCCUUUAACAGGUGUCCAAGCGGCUGAUCAAUGGAUUGUCCGGCGUGAACUUACCAGCUAG